ACGAAGCAGCUGUAGCAUGGUCUUUUAUUUUAUGUUGUUAAAGUGAAAAUUUCAGAGUUUUGGCAAUGGAGGCGUUAGGACAACUGUGGACAAAGUGGGCCUCUCCUUGCCUUUAUAUCUCUCCAUCUCUUUUGAUUUGCCCUGUAAAUUCUAAAUCUAAACAAAUCUGAAUUUUGCGUCUUUUUCUUCUUACGUUCCUAAAUCACUGUCUCAUUCCACAAGAAAAUCCAGAAAAAGAGGGAAAAUUUUCAGCAGUAGUUAGUGAGAGUGACGAGUUUCUUUCUCUGAUGGAUACCCCAGAAAAGACCCUGACCAGCUCUUCGCUCUCUAAGUUUGAGGAUUCUCCGGUUUUUAACUAUAUCAACAGCCUUUCCCCCAUCAAGCCAGUCAAAUCUGUGCACGUUACGCAGACAUUCAACCCCCUCAGUUUUGCAUCACUGCCCUCUAUUUUCACUUCACCCCAUGUCAGCUCUCACAAGGAGUCUAGAUUCCUGAAAUGCUCUACAGAUCCAUCGAAACCCGAGUUGUCUUCUGCAGAUGGGACUAAGGUUAGUACAAAUGAGGAGGCGGGUGUGAAUGUACAAGAGAUUUUUGAUCCAGGAGUUUCUCUUGGUGAGGUUUCUUUCCAGUUGCCUAAUCAACAGUCGAGGAUUGCAAUUGAGCUGCCACAAACCUUAAAGUAUGAUUGUGGUAGCCCCAACUGUGAUCCAACACCUUGUGUUAUCGAGACUAAUUGUGUCUCUGAAUCGACGUGCACAUCUCUCGCAAUUGUUCCAUUCGUUCAAGAUGCCUCUCAAAAAGGUUUUUCUGAUGGAGUGGAAGUAGCAGCCACUUUCCAGAUCGAGCAAAAAAGGGAAACUACUGGAAGUGAGUGGGAAUGUUUGAUUUCCGAUACGCCCGACCUAUUGAUUUUUAAUUCCCCGAAUGGUUCUGAGGCGUUUAGGGGUGUAAUUCAGAAAUCGUUGGAACCUGGCACUAGAUGUGGUCCUACUCUUAUUUCUCAGUUCCCACAAGAUGAUAUCAACGAGUAUAAAGAUCAAAACGAAGGAACUGGUGAGCUCGACGAAAUAAACCAUGUGAAUGAAAUUUUUAAGGAUAAUAAUGUGACAAACUUCGUGCCCGGCAGUCUGACCGAUUAUAUUGAUACUCGGAUGUCUGCCCCAUAUUCUAUGAAGCCUAGUUCUAUUUUGCAUCAUGGAUUCAGACGGCGCUGUUUAGAUUUCGAGAUGCUGGCAUCUCGGAAGAAGAGCUUAGACGGCAGUUCAAAUACAAACUCUUCUGUAGAAAACAAAUCGGAGCCUGGCGGUGAUUCCUCAAGGUGCAUUGUACCUGGAAUUGGUUUGCACCUAAAUGCCCUAGCAAUAGCCUCAAGGGAUAACACGAAUACGAAGUUCGAAACUUUAUUGUCUGGGACACAAAAGCCAAUUCUCCCUUGCUCCACUACAUCCAAUUCACCCACAGCAGGUCAAGAAACUGCUCAUGAAUCAUUGUUGGCUUCUGGCUCGACUGAAAGAGAAACCGACGAUGUCAAAAAUGGGGUUCAACUUGCAGAAGAUGCCUCUCAGGCAUCUACUAAUUUUGUUAAUGAAGAGUUCAAUCAAAAUAGUCCGAAGAAAAAGAGACGGAGAUUCGAACGAGCCGGAGAGAGUGAGGCCUGUAAACGAUGCAACUGCAAGAAAUCAAAGUGUCUGAAACUCUACUGUGAAUGCUUUGCUGCUGGUGUAUACUGCAUCGAGCCAUGUUCAUGUCAAGACUGCUUUAAUAAGCCUAUCCAUGAAGAUACUGUACUUGCAACUCGCAAGCAGAUCGAAUCUCGAAACCCACUUGCAUUUGCUCCCAAAGUGAUCAGGACCUCUGAUCCGAUACCUGAAGUUGGGGAUGACUCGAUAACAACUCCGGCUUCAGCUCGACAUAAACGAGGAUGCAACUGCAAAAAAUCAAAUUGCCUGAAGAAAUAUUGUGAAUGCUUUCAGGGCGGCGUCGGAUGUUCCAUCAACUGCAGAUGUGAAGGCUGUAAGAAUGCAUUUGGUCUGAAGAAUGGAUCCCCCAUCGUGGAAGCCGGAGGAGAGCCUGAAGGAGAAGAAACAGAUCCUUCUGACAUGAAUGCAACGAACACGAAUUUCGAAAAAACCGACAUCUUGAAUACUGAGGAGCAAAAUCCAGCUGCUCUCCCAACUACUCCUGUACAACUUUGCAGACCUUUGGUUCAACUGCCAUUUUCAUCGAAGAGCAAGCCGCCACGAUCGUUUAUCACCAUCGGAUCGUCGUCCGGACUGUAUACUGGGAAUAAAUAUGGAAAGCCUAAUAUUAUCCGACCACAAAGGAUAAUUGAAAAGCGUUUCCAAGAUGAAACCCCGGAGAUUCUACGAGGGAAUUUUUCUCCCGAAAACGGCAUUAAAACUUUGUCGCCCAACAGUAAGAGGAUCUCUCCUCCUCAAUGUGAGUUUGGCUCAACACCCGGUGGUGCUCGGAGUGGCCGGAAGUUGAUAUUGCAGUCAAUACCAUCAUUUCCUUCUCUUACUCCUAAGCAUUAAGUUGAGCUUCAAGGAAAUAAAUUUUGAUUUAACUCGAA